AUGGCAAUGGCUUCUAAUCGUAGUCCUGGUAGUCUGUAUUCGAACUCAGUUGGAAAUGAUAAUAGUCCUUCAAAUCCCACAAAUCUUUCUCUGUCCUCGUCUUCUCGCGGUGUUACCUUGGACCCUUCGGAAUUUCCUCCAAUUUUAACUUCGACUGGGCGGAGUGGGAAUGCCUCAACAACCUUUCACUCCUCGGCAAGUCAGCCUCCGUUACGAAACUAUGUUUCCAUUAUGUCCAAGGGGUCAUCAAACAUUGAUCAAAGCUUAAGUCAAAUGAAUCAACAAUUUAAUCAUUCCUCAAAUAGUCAGGCAGCUCCUUUAGAAUUUUCUAAACAAGAUUUCCCCGCUUUGCCUGGUUCACACCAGCCUACGACUAGUACAACAACAACAGUAUCAACGACGAGUGCCUUAACUGUUAAUUCAACAUCUGCUACUCAUCGUUCUUUGUCAGCCAGUUCUGUGACACAAACUCCUGCUUCUACAAAUUCUCGACGGUUAUUUAGCCACACACCCAAUCAGGUUAUGGCACAAUCAUCAAGCCCGAACCAGCCAAGCUAUUCAAAUGUUCCUUCUAAAUCUGUCGGUGCUUCAAAUGGCAUACAGCUACUGCCUAAUCAUUUAGUUACAAAUAUUCCUAAAAAUAUGAUUUGUGAUCAGUUUGGAAUGUUGGGUUUAUUAAAACUCAUUCGAGUGGGUGAUUAUGAUGCAACAUUGAAUAUGUUAGCUCCUGGAUUGGAUUUAUCUUCAUUGCAUAAUAACUGGCAAACAUCUGGUGAACUUCACACUUCUCUGGUUUCACCAUGUCAUGACUCAUGUUUUGGACGACCGCAUGAUAUGGACUAUCCUGUCCCUCCAGAGUAUCUGAUACGACAUUUAAUUACUGAUCGUUUACCUGAUCCGCCAAUGAAUCAAUUAUCCGAGGAAACAUUGUUUUGGUUAUUUUAUAAUUGUUGUCGAGAAGAAGCACAAUUAGUUGUAGCCAAAGAACUAUAUCAACGUGAAUGGCGGUUUCAUAAAAAAGAACAAAUAUGGCUUACACGUAUAGUUGGAGCAAAUUUUACAUCGGAUAAUAAUUCUGAACAAGGUGAUUAUUAUUUUUGGGAUCCACUCAAAGCACAAAAAUCAACUCAUCAAAUGACUAUUUUGUAUUCUGAUCUUGACAACGCGCCAGCAGCAUUUCGUCUUAGUUCAGGCACAUUAAGCGCCUUUGUCAGUAUUGGUUUACCCGGUGGUCCUCAUGGUGCUGGUAAUGUUCAGCCUCAUCCUCCUCCUCCUGCUCCUCCUGCUGCUGCUCCACCAUUACCAACACAACAGCAUCAGCAGCAACAACAACAGUUGGUUACAUAUCAACAAUCGCGUCAACUACAACACCAACAGCAGCAACAACAACAGAGCCAACAAACAUUUUCGCAUACACAUCAUCAAACACUUAUGAAUAAUAAUAAUAUUAAUAAUACUGUUAAUAAUAAUACAUCUGGAUCAAUAAUUCCGUAUACGGCUAACUCACUUACUACUGGAUCGCCAUCAAUGAUGAAUUCAUCGAAUGCAGCAGCAACAUUGGCUAGUCUUUUCAACACUCGACAACAACAUCAACAGCAACAACAACCAUUGAAACCGCUACAACAACAACAGCAGCAACAACUCAACUCGAAUGUGAAUUAUUUUCCACCAUCGCAUAAUCGAACAAGUGGUGGUGUUGGUGUUGGCAGUGGUGGUCCUGUUAAUUCUUUAUUUACAAAUAGAUCUAUGCCAGCUUCAAUUCCUGUUGUAACCAAUGCAAUUAUCGCUACAUCAGAGACUACUACUACGUCAUCAAGUGUGAAUUCAAAUUUUAAUCGUCUACCACCACCUAAUGCAUCGAUGGUCAAUAAUGAGAAUAAUAUUAAUAAUAACAAUAAUGAGAAUGUCAAUCAAGGCGUCUUUGAUGGUUCACAAAUUUAA